UAGAGAAAAGCAAUUAAUAUAGAAUAAAGAAAUUACCUUUCAAAAUUUCUCCAAAAAAAAAAAAAAAAAAAACCUUUCAAGAAAUUAAAUAAAUACUCAAACACUCGUUAUGAGCGCGGGAAAUUCCCGAGGAAAAAAGAUAUAACCUCAGUGUCUUGCCACGUGCAAUUGUCCCUACUGAAGAAUCUCUAACGCGUGUGUUUCACGCACGUCAUUGUCUCCGAUCAAAACUCUCAACCGUCAUAACUGUUCUCUUCAUUUCAAGAAAAAAAAAAAAAAAAGAUUCACAUUCCUUCUCCGAAUUCCUUCCAAGAUUUCACAAUGGCUUCUCAAAACCCUAAUCCCAAACAAUCCUUAUAUCCAGAAAUAAUCCAAACAAACCCUGAAUCAAACCCUAAAUCAUCAUCUUCAUCUUCAAAUCUCUACCCUACGAUCGACAUGAAAGACCUCGUCGAAAACCUCUUCCCUGAUCUCGAUGAACAACAAAAGAAUCACAAUAUUCUACCGUCGGCCCCACCGCAAGCACUCGAAGAAGAGCUAAUCAAAAUCCCUGGCGCUAUCCUCAAUUUGAUAGACAAAAACUACAGUGUCGAACUGGCAUCCGGUGAUCUCUCUAUUGCCCGUCUUCGCCAAGGAAAUAAUGUGGUUGCUGUUCUGGCUCGGGUCUCUGAUGAGAUCCAAUGGCCGUUAACAAAAGAUGAAGCUGCUGUGAAACUUGAUGACUCGCAUUACUUUUUUUCUCUGCGGUUUCCCGAUGAUGAAGAAAGUAGAAAUGAAAUAUUAAAUUAUGGAUUAACUAUUGCGUCGAAAGGACAAGAGGUAUUAUUGAAAGAGUUUGAUAAUAUAUUAGAGGCUUAUAGUUGUUUUACGGUACAGAAAGUUUCGAAAGAGAAGAAGAGUGAGGAUUUGUUCGAUGAGUUGGCUGUGAGGGAGACUUCGCCUGGGGAUUUGAAGUAUGAAGAGAAGAGAGAGGUAAUGGAAGGGAAAUGCGCCGCGUAUUGGACUACAUUGGCUCCUAAUGUUGAGGAUUAUGGCGGGACUGCUGCUAAGGUUAUUGCUGCGGGUUCUGGACAUUUGAUUAAGGGGAUAUUGUGGUGUGGAGAUGUCACUGUUGAUAGACUUCAAAGAGGGAAUGAGGUUUUUAAGAGAAGAAUGAGUCCUAAGUCCAAGUCUGAGAUUAGUCCGGAUACAUUGAAGAGGAUUAGAAGAGUUAAGAAGAUGACAAAAAUGACAGAGAAAGUAGCCAACGGGGUCCUCUCUGGGGUGUUAAAAGUGUCUGGAUUUUUCACUAGCUCUAUUGCUAACUCAAAAGUUGGAAAGAAGUUCUUCGGCCUUCUGCCAGGAGAAAUCAUCCUUGCUUCCCUGGAUGGAUUUAAUAAGGUAUGUGAUGCUGUUGAAGUAGCUGGACGGAAUGUUAUGUCAACAUCAUCUACUGUGACAACUGAACUUGUUAACCACAGAUAUGGCGAGCAAGCAGCUGAGGCUACAAAUGAGGGUCUAGGUGCUGCAGGGCACGCGUUUGGCACUGCGUGGGCUGCCUUUAAGAUUCGUAAGGCACUUAACCCAAAAAGUUCAUUAAAAUCAAGCAGUCUGGCCAAAUCUGCUGCUAAAGCUGCUGCCGCCGAGAUCAAGGCUAAGAAUUCCAAGUGACUACUGAUAGAAUAAUCAUUGAUCGACUUCAUAUGUAGCUGCAACUUUUAUCCUUUCUGCUGGUUGUAAAUAUAGUUAUUAUUUGUUUACAAGUAUUUUUUUUUUUCCUAAUAAAGUUGUGUAACUUAUAGUGGUUUUAUUGCGAUGAUUAUUGAAAAACAUAUUUUGACUUGAA